CAUUUAUUACAAUUUUGUCCAGGAGCAGAGCUACUCCACCAUGGAAACAAAACCAGUUCCUGCUCUGUAGACCUGGUGGAUAUAAAGAAGAAAAUGCCAUUUUUAUAUUCAGGUGUUGAAUGUGAAACCCAAGCAAGGACUGGCUGUAACCAGGCGUCUGAUGUAAUAGAGAUCAACAGUGAGGACUCCAGAGAAUCCAGUGAUGGAGGUGAGCCCCCUGAAGCUUCCACCUCAGCAUUGAAAAGGGAGCCAGGUACUGUGGAUUUUGGAAACAACUCCAUUUCAGAAAAAGUCAGGAAGAGAAGAAUGAGAAGCAGAGGCAGAGAUAGUAUGCAGUCUCUGAAUAACAGAGUCCCAAAGAAAAGAAGCAAACCAAAAGGGACAAAAGCAGUCAACACUGGGCCUUUGAAAAGAAGAAGAAAAAGAGGUCCAAGAAUUCCCAGAAAUAAACAUAUGAACUUUAAAUGCUCUAUACUUCCUGUGACCUGUGGUCCAGCAAAGGGGAUGUUAUAUAAAGAGAAAAUGAAACAAGGAAUCUCAGCAAAGUGUAUAGAGACAAAGAAUGGGAAGCAGCUCACCCUCAGGGAAUUUGAAAUUGAAGGAAACCACGAAAGGUCCAAGAAUUGGAGGCUGACUGUGCGCUGCGAUGGAUAUCCCCUGAAAUGCCUGAUUAAGAAAGGAUUUCUACCAGACCCACCAAGAACAAGAAAGAUAGUACCAGAUUCUCACAGUGAUAACAUUAUUGACCCAUAUCCAGAAAACUCAAAUAUAUGUGAGAUGUGCCAUAAAGGAGGAACGCUAUUCUGCUGUGAUACUUGUCCAAGAUCCUUUCAUGAGACCUGCCACAUCCGUCAUAUUGAUCCUGACAGGGUCCUGUGGAGUUGCAUCUUCUGCGAGAUAAAGAUUAUUCAGAAAAGGUGCCCAAAAAGUCAACCAUGUCAUCAGGAAUCAGAGAUCCUAGAAAGGAAGAUGCUGCAUGAGGAGCACUUGAAAUGUGAGUUCCUCCUCUUGAAGGUCUGCAACUGGUCAAAAAGCUCCUUUUUUAUCCCAAAACCAUAUUAUAGUAAAAAGCGAUCUCAGAGCCUGACGAAGUGCAUGUGGUUAGACAAAAUCAGAGAAAAACUGGCUUCAAAGUUGUACCUCCAAGUGAAGGAGUUCGUGCAAGACAUGCGCCUCAUCUUUCAGAACCAUAGGAAAAUUUAUGAGGGCCAGAAAUUCAUCAUGCUGGGAAUUCAAAUAGAGGCCGAAUUUGAGAAAAACUUCAAAGACAUUUUUGGAAUUCAGUAAAUCAGCAAGAACAGUUCUCAGUCUGAGCCCAUUACUUUGUGAUUUUUGUCCAUUUCUGUUUCCCCCUUCAGAGCCUCCAGCAGUACAUGGUCAAGUGCCCGUGGUCCCGCUGACCAUUCUGCCUAAUGAUAUGUGAAAACAAUCACAUCACACUUCUUUUAUCAAACUUAUUUUGUCAUUAUUUCAGCUCAUUUAUUUUUCUAAAUAGAAAAUGUAAAAUUGCUUUGUCCAGAUCUCUUAUUAAAUAAAUUGGAGUGAAAUUUACAAUAAAAA